AUGGCCAAGUUAUCAUGUUCUUAUUUUCUUGUACUCAUGAUUGUAUUCUCAGUAUGUUUAAUGGUUGAAAAGACUGAAGGAAAGGAGUUGAUCAAAAAAGAAACGACAGAUGCGGGAAAGGUAUGUGUAACAACCAUUAAAGAAGGACUGGACUGUAUAAAGUUCUUCUGCGAUCAUGACUGUGCCGCGCAACACAAAGGCGGGCUUGGAUAUUGUGAAGACGAUCCUAAAGUUCCCGGACCUCUUAACUGUCGUUGUGCAUAUCCUUGUUAA